AUGGAAGGAGGAAUAUGUGAUAUAGGACUUAUUGGAUUAGCCGUAAUGGGACAGAACCUGAGUCUGAAUAUAGCAAGUAAAGGAUUUAGCAUAGGAGUUUACAACAGAACUUACCAAAGAACGGAAGAUACACUGAACAGGGCAAAAGAAAAUAACGUAGUAAUACAUGGAUAUAAAACACUAGAAGAAUUAAUUAGCAAUUUGAAAAAGCCAAGGAAAAUUAUUCUACUAAUAAAAGCAGGACCAGCAGUAGAUGAAAAUAUAAAGAAUAUUUUAAAACAUUUUGAAAAAGGAGACAUAAUAAUUGAUGGAGGAAAUGAGUGGUAUUUAAAUUCAGAAAGAAGAAUCACAAUGUGUGAAGAAUACAAAGUAGAGUAUUUAUCUAUGGGUGUUAGUGGUGGAGAAGCAGGUGCAAGAUAUGGAUGUUCAUUCAUGCCAGGUGGAUCUAGAUAUGCAUAUGACUGUGUUAAGGAUAUUUUAGAAAAAUGCUCAGCUAAGGUAGGUACAUCUCCAUGUGUAACAUAUAUAGGACCAAGGUCAUCUGGGAAUUAUGUAAAAAUGGUUCAUAAUGGGAUUGAGUAUGGUGAUAUGCAAUUAAUUUCUGAGAGUUACAUGAUAAUGAAAAAUAUACUUAAUUAUGACAACAUGAAAAUAUCAGAAGUUUUUGAAAAAUGGAAUAAAGGAAUUUUAAACUCAUACUUAAUUGAAAUAACAUACAAAAUUUUAAAAAAAAAAGAUGACUUAACCGAUAACCAUUUGGUAGAUGUCAUAUUAGACAUUGCAGGAGCUAAAGGAACAGGAAAGUGGACUAUGUUAGAAGCCAUCGAAAGAGGAAUCCCCUGCCCAACUAUGUGUGCAGCUUUAGAUGCAAGAAACAUAAGUGCAUUCAAAGAAUUGAGAAUAAAAGCUGAUGAUAAAUUUUGUAACGAAAUGAAAAUACAUAAUGUAGAUGAUCUAGAUAUUGAUAGUUUUGAAAACGAUUUAUUAAAUGCCCUCUAUUGUUGUAAAAUUAUUUCAUACACACAAGGAUUAUUUCUGUUAAAAAAAGUAUCUGAAGAAAUGAAAUGGAAUUUAAAUUUAGGUGAAAUAUCAAGAAUAUGGAGAGGUGGUUGCAUUAUAAGAGCUAUUUUUUUAGAUCGAAUUACCAAUGCUUAUAAGAAAAACCCAAAUCUAGAUUUAUUAUUUUUAGAUGAAGAAUUUGCUCAAGAAAUGAAAAACAAACUCUCAUCCUUGAGGAAAGUUGUUCAUGUAGCCACUAAAUCAUCAGUACCCAUUCCUGCUUUUUCGGCUAGCUUAGCUUAUUUCCAAAUGGUUACAUCUAAAAAUCUACCUCUAAAUUUGGUACAAGCCCAGAGAGAUUACUUCGGUUCCCAUACAUAUAAAAGAGUAGACCGCGAGGGCGAUUUCCACACCUUAUGGGAGUAA